AAUAGGGAAACAAAAUGUUAAUUGGAUAUACCAUCAUCUUUGUGUCAUUCUAUGCCUGUCAUGUAGCAGAAGGAACAGUAAUAGAGAUUCAUGAAUAUACUUUUGGAGAGGACUGUCCCAGAUCAGAAGAAGUUAACGAGUAUCGUCAAAUACACCUUGAGUACGAAGGACAAAGAGUCAGUUCGUGUUCUUACAUGUCCUUCCAAGGACAAGGGAAGAAAAUUAGUGAUGAUUAUCAAGUCUGUGUUAUAAAAAAAUGGUUCGUUGACGGUGACUGCAGCAUGGAGAUAGUUUUUAGAUCUGGUUAUGAAGGGAAAAAAUUAAAGAGCUUUACUUGUUCCAGUUCUUAUUCAAACACAGAAUUCUGCGCCGAUUCUGGUGAAAAGCUUUACGUAUACUUUAAAUCGCGUAAUGGAAAAUCAACAUCCAGUGUCAGUUUCAGAUUUCUUAUUACAGCUACAAAGCUUGAUUAUAGUAACUUAGUUUGGGCCGUUAUUGGAGGAGUGAUCGGGGGCAUCGUGUUAGUUACGUUGCUUACUGCUUUAUUUUGCUGGUGUGUUUGUAAAAGGAAGUCAGCAUCAGGUCGAGUACUAACCAAGCCAGACAAGUUACAACAAGUUCAGCUUUGACUCAACAAGCCUAUCCGUAUACUACACAUUCUGCACAACCAACCGGAAACAUUGCUCCAUUCCCGGCGGCAAACUAUUCAACACAGUAUUCGGCAGGCUAUGGUAAACAACCCUUAUGUCAAUCCUUGCAAACAGUCGAAUGGCAACAAACACAGAAACAACCGUCCGCUCCUCUCCCGCCAAGUUAUAAUGAUGUCAUGAACAAGCUUUAGAAUUGAUUACUGUAAUCUGUGGACAAGAAAUCAAAAGGCAUAUAAUUAUGUAUAUGACAUUAUCAUAAUGUUAUAUUGCUCUGUUCACCUUAUUUAUUUUUUACGAAGUAUUGAAGAAAUGUUAUUUUUAAGAUAUGCAUCUGAUCUGCUAGAUUAGCAAUGAACAAAAUAUGGUUAUUAUACGCCAGUCCAAGACGGAACGUAUUAUGGUAUUGCGUUCAUGUUCGUCCAAUCUGGUCAUCUGUCUGUUAGUUUUUUUUUUUCGUGUCGUGUAUAUAGGUCACUUAAAACUUUAAUUAACUUGAUAAGGCCAAAUAAGGCAAAUCCCUGUCUGGCUCAUAACUAGAAAAAAAAUGACCUAGAAUCAUCAAACUUGGUCAGUUAAUGCAUCUGAGAAAGUUUAGAAAGAGUGUUGCAUACUACAUUGAGGUCACUUUGAGCUUUAAUAAUGGUGUUUUUUUUAAUAUGUUUUAAGGGAGAUACAUGUAAUCUCUACAAAUGUAUAUAAGAGUACAGCAGUAACCUUAUUAAAAAUGUUACAUCAAGAAAAUAAACAUUUUUAUGAUAUAUAUGUGUUUGUAUAUAACAAUUCUCUUUUAUA